UCCUUAAGUUUUCAGAAACCCUCCCAUGCCAGCUCCCAAUUCAAAUUCACAUUCACCAGAAAGACACACACACACACCAAGAUUCAAAGUCGCACUAACUAAUAGCGUUGAAGAUGGCGAUUCUGCUUUUCUUUAUCUUGGUCACAGGAGCUUCGUCUGGAAUGGCAUUCACCGGUGGAAACAAUGCUGCAAUGUUCAUGAAGAUGCCGGAAACAGCUGAGGGGCAGGCUGCUCAGGAUGCAAGCACCAUUGCUGAGCAUAUUGAAGAAAAGGAUAUACUGGUUUAUAAUCUUGGAGGGGGUGCAUUAGAUGUGAGUAUCGUGCACAUUGAUAAAGGUCUUUUUGAAGUAAUGGCGACAAGUGGAGACAUUCACUUGGGAGGUAGGAUCUUUGACGACAGACUGGUUGACUUUUUCAUCACAUUGAUCAAGAGGAAGUACUACCAUGAUAUCCGCAAAAAUAACAAGGCUGUUGCCAAGCUUCGCAAGGAUUGUGAGAGAGCAAAGGGAGCCUUGAGUAGACAGCACCAAACCCAUGUGGAGGUUGAGUCUCUAGUUGAUGGUAUUGAUUAUUUCUCGGAGCCAUUGACCAGGGCUAAGUUUGAGGAGUUGAACAUGGAGUUGUUUAACAAGACCAUCGGGACUGUGACAAAUUGUUUAGAAGAUGCAGGCCUGACAAAAACAGAUAUUGACGAGAUUGUGCUUGUUGGAGGGAGUACUCGAAUUCCUAAGGUGCAACAGUUGUUGAAGGACUUCUUCAAUGGGAAAGAACCAAACAAGGGUGUUAAUCCUGAUGAGGCCAUUGCCUUCGGUGCUGCAGUUCUGGGUGGAGCCUGUAGUGGAGACAGCUGGAAUGAAACCAAAGGCCUUAUUUUGCGUGAUAUUGUUCCUUUCACUCUCGGUAUGGACAUAGGUGACAGGGUGCAUGAAUGUAUACCAAGGAACACUGUUAUCCCAAAUAAGAUGUCAACGAAACUUUUCCUCAGAACCAAAGAUAAUACAGCCCCCGUUGUGGCCUAUGAAUGUGAAGGAAGACUAUUGCCAAAUGAAUGUUCUGAGAUUAAAAGAAUUCCUGUAAGAUUCGACAAAGCGACCCGAAUUGAAGUGUUUUUUGAUAUCGAUGCAAAUGGGAUUCUACAUGUGACCAUUGAAGAGGAUGUCAAAGCAAGGGAUAAAGUACUUGCCAGGCUCAGUCUUGAGGAUGUGGCAGACGUGGCUAAUACAAUAAAAGGUAUUAUGUAUCCUUCCAAUCUGGACAAGCGGAGGAAGCUUCAUAGCACAAUAGAGAAGGCUCGCGCAUUGUUGGAAACUAAAUUUGAUACGGUAGAGCAGGAAGAUUUCGAAGAAAUGGAGGAGAAGCUUAGAGAACUAGUAAAAAUAGAGAUCACACAUUUUGCCUGAAACUAGCACUACUACUAAUAUUCUCUCAAAAAGAUGAGUUGUAGAUCUGAAGGUGAGUAUUUGGGGAUACAUUUGUUAUAUAGUUGUUGCCCAAAGUAGGCAUCUAGCUUUAGGCUUUCACAAGUGUAAAGGUCUGCAACUUUGACUGUUCACUUUGCCUAUUUCGUUCUGGACAGUUCCCAUUUUGGCUGACUUACAAGGACCAUUUUGUGAUAUACAUAUAUAUAUACUAUAUAGUCUCUUACAGAAAUCUUCCACAUUUGCAUUUCGCUUGUCUAUGGUCUGUAGUUGUGCUAUCAGUGACUCUCAGCGGGCAUCUUCAAUGGACCAUAUUCACUCAACAUGGACUGAAAUAGAACCACUGUUGCUGGGCAAGACGCAGUCCCAACCACCGCAACAACUUAAGCCUCCAGCAAGAACCUCCGCCACUGCUUCAAAACCCAACACGCAGAGCCACCGGAUCCCUUGGAUAAAACAAAGUCGCCCCGAACCAGAGCUGGCACCAGGUUCACACCCCAAAACGUUCCCACCUCGAAGACGAUCCAGCAAAAGCUGACGAUAGGUGGGAGAAAAACACCGAAGGCAGAAGGCCAAAACUCCCGAGGGUUG